CCGCCCCUAAUAUCAACCCCAGGGGUCUUCUCUGCAAUGCUGCAGCUGGCGCCGCCGCCGGUGUUAUUGCUGCUACAUUUGUGUGUCCUUUAGAUGUAAUCAAAACUAGGUUUCAGGUUCAUGGGGUAGCGCAACUCCAUAAUGGACGUGUUAAAGCAGGCAGCAUCAUAGUUGGUAGCUUGGAACAAAUAUUUCACAAGGAGGGAUUGCGUGGCAUGUACCGUGGGUUGUCUCCCACUGUGCUAGCUUUACUGCCAAACUGGGCUGUAUAUUUUACCAUGUAUGAACAGCUCAAGAGCCUUCUUCAGCCUGAGGAUUGCCAUAAUCUUUCAGUUGGAGCUAAUAUGAUGGCCGCUUCUGGUGCUGGAGCUGCAACAACAAUGUUCACAAAUCCACUUUGGGUUGUCAAGACUAGACUCCAAACUCAGGGAAUGAGAUCUGGUGUUGUGCCAUAUAGGAGCACUCUUUCUGCAUUGAGGAGAAUUGCACACGAGGAGGGUAUUCGAGGGCUGUACAGUGGACUUGUACCUGCGCUGGCUGGUAUCAGUCAUGUUGCCAUCCAGUUUCCAACAUACGAGAAAAUAAAAUGUUACUUGGCAACUCAAGGUGACACAUCAAUGGAUAAACUUGGUGCACGUGAUGUUGCAAUUGCCUCAUCAGUCUCCAAAAUUUUUGCAUCAACAUUGACAUAUCCCCAUGAGGUUGUACGUUCCAGACUGCAAGAGCAAGGGCACCAUUCUGAGAAAAGGUACUCGGGUGUGAUUGAUUGCGUUCGGAAGGUUUUUCAGCAAGAGGGCGUACCUGGGUUUUACCGUGGGUGUGCCACCAACCUUCUGAGGACAACACCAGCUGCUGUAAUCACAUUCACAAGCUUUGAAAUGAUACAUCGUUUUCUUGUUUCGGUUUUUCCGUCUGAUCCGCAGCCUCAGAUUUUGUGAUUAUUGAUCACGGUGGUCGUCUAUCAUUCAUAACAAUAGAUUCCAAACAUAGCUAGUGAAGCUAGUAAUCCAUCUCUUGGUGGUGCAAAUCCCAUUCUUUGUGAUUUUUUAGGUGUUUAUGUAUGGUAGAGCCCCCAUACGUCCAUUUGGAACCCCGGUUUCUCUCGUUAAACUUGUUCAAAGUCAUUGUCUUCGUAGGGAGACCGAGGAUAAUAUAUAUCAGUGAUGAUGUCGAUAAAGAUGAUAAUAGUGGUACACAUUCUCAUGGUUAUUACAUACAUUGAUGAUAAUAGUAUAGUGGUAUUAUGCAUCUCUUC